CAUGCAUCAUUCAGUCUUAGAUGAAUAUCGAUUCAAAGUGGACACAGACGAGAUGAUGAUCACUCUUGUUAGAUUCCUGUUAGCAAGUCUGCUUUUUAGUGAUGUGCUUUGUAGACGAGUCUGAACAAAAUAGUACGAUAGAUGGCGAUAACUUGGAGGAAAUGGCUAAGAAGCCGGUGUGUCAUUACAGCGACCCUCAUGUCGCUGACUGUAUUAAACGUGUAGCAGAACAAGCUAAGUUGCUUCUGGCACAUGGUAUACCAUCCUUUGGCAUUCAACCCCUUGAGCCUUUGAAAGUGCCAAGCAUAAGACUGAGACAGCACAACAUGCCGCAGGCACGCUUCAAGUAUGACGCUUGGCUCACCGACCUUACCCUGAACGGCUUGACCAACUACACUUUUAAUAAACUUGACGUCUUCCCAGAAGACUUAAAGGUUACAGGUAACAUAAGCUUACCACGACUCGUGAUGUCCGGUGAAUAUGUAGUCAUCGGACAAUUUCAAAUGUUGCCAGUGGAAUCGACUGGGAUAAUAUCUGCUAAUUUCACGGACUGCACCGCUGCUCUCGAUGCUGUUGGAGCAAAAGUUCACAAAAGAAUGGUGAUUCGUGACGCUGACGUCAAACUUCGCUGCACUGGACCGCUAUUGGCAAAUUUAAAAGAAGCUCAUUCGACUACUGGUGAAAUGGAAAUGAUAACAGACCACAUAAUUCACAUGCACGCGACAGAACUAGCGAAGGAAGUGCAGCCGGCCGUGGAGACAGCGCUCUCGAUGGUUUUGGAAGACAUUGCUAACAAAUUCCUUAAGCAUAUCCCUACAAAUAUGGUUUUUCCUAACUGAAAUAAUAUGCAAACUUAAAUUCUAGUCAAAAUGUUGUUGUAUUUCAAUGGAACUGACAGACGGCUCCAGGGAAUACACAAAGCUAUUUAAAUAUGUUGAUUAUUUUUUAUUUAUGUACUAAUUACGUUAAACAUACGAAAUUAAGAA